ACUGACGAAGGCUUAAGUGCACUAGCCUAGCCAAGUGGAAACCCCAAAUUCUAUCCCAAGGGGGUGGGGCUGGUGAGUCGAGUACCUCAACUGCAUUAGUGUCAUUUCUCCACCCGGUCCUGAUUCGGUUUUCAUUCUCGAUUUUGGGUCAUGGGGUUUAGGAAUGGGCCUGCGAACAAUCCACGGAAGGCCUUCUGACCUAUUUAUGAUCCGACUCCAUACCUCUGUCCGCAAGCAAAGGCUGGGACUACAAGGCACGCGAAAGUACAGAGCCCGGAAACCCCUCAAACGUGAGAAAAACGCGACCAACAGCGACAGCCACCCAGAUUUGCAGGAAGGCUCUCGAGCGCCUCCCUCUCUCGCUCCUCGUCGUCUUGGUUACCCAGGCGCGCAAGCGCGCACCAAACUUCCUUAUCCUUUGAGGCGGGCCUGGGGGCGGGGCCAGUGAGAGUUUUUUCCGGGCUCUGUCGCCCCCACCCUUUGCAGAACGAGUGAACCUCUGUCCAAUUGCGUGGGGGUGACUCACAGCUCCCGCCCCUUUUCGCUCCGCUUUCCCCAGGCGCUUCCCCCGCACCACGUGCCCUCCUGGCCGCUCCCCCUGCGCCCUCUCCAACCUGCUGUUGGGAGUUGCCGUAAAAUGUCGUGAACAGCGCUGUUGCUUUACGGCUGCCUCUCCCAGGACGCGAUCUCAGGAGCGCCCACCUCAGCCGCCGGGUCCUGAGGAGAUUCGGCCUGGCGGAGAGCGAGAAGUCCGGCGAGCCGCUGCCCUCCCCGCAGCACCCAUCCAGGACCCCGGCGAUGUGAGCUCGAGCCAGCUGCGGUGCCCCCUGGCCCGGGGUUGAGACGGGCGGCAGGUGCCUGUGAGGCGGGCGGGUGCCGGGGUCGACAGGAUGGAGGAAAGCAUGGAAGAGGAGGAGGUGCUCAUCUACGAGGCGAUGAUGGACGACCAGAACCACAACAACUGGGAGGCCGCGGUGGACGGCUUCCGGCAGCCCCCGCCGCCCGCCUCGUCUAUCCCCGUCCCGGCUUGCGAGUCUCCGGGCGGGCAGCUGCUGGCGGCGCCCGCGGUCUCCGUGGACAGGAAGGGCCCCAAGGAGGGGCUCCCGAUGGGGCCGCCGCCGCCGCCGCCGGACGCCAACGGGGUGAUUAUGAUGUUGAAGGGCUGCGACGCGGCCGCCGCCGGGGCUAAGACGGCCCCCGCCUCCGCCCCCAGCUCGACCGUCAGCAUCAACACCUCCACCUCCAAGUUCUUAAUGAAUGUUAUAACUAUUGAAGAUUAUAAGAGCACAUACUGGCCAAAAUUGGAUGGUGCCAUAGAUCAACUUUUAACCCAGAGUCCUGGUGACUAUAUCCCUAUAUCCUAUGAACAGAUAUACAGUUGUGUGUAUAAGUGUGUAUGCCAGCAGCACUCAGAACAGAUGUACAGUGAUCUGAUUAAAAAGAUAACUAAUCACUUAGAGAGAGUCUCAAAGGAGCUGCAGGCCAGCCCUCCUGAUCUCUAUAUUGAAAGAUUUAAUAUAGCUCUUGGACAGUAUAUGGGAGCAUUGCAGAGCAUUGUGCCUCUUUUCAUAUAUAUGAAUAAGUUUUACAUCGAAACUAAGCUUAACAGAGAUUUAAAAGAUGACCUUAUAAAGCUGUUUACGGAACAUGUUGCAGAAAAGCACAUUUACAGCCUAAUGCCUUUACUUUUGGAAGCCCAGUCGACACCAUUCCAGGUCACACCUUCAACUAUGGCGAACAUCGUGAAAGGCUUGUAUACUCUCAGACCAGAGUGGGUUCAUAUGGCUCCAACUCUAUUUUCUAAAUUUAUUCCAAACAUUCUCCCUCCGGCGAUGGAAUCUGAGCUUUCUGAAUAUGCUGCUCAGGACCAGAAACUUCAAAGAGAACUUAUACAGAAUGGCUUUACAAGAGGUGACCAGUCCCGGAAGAGAGCUGGGGACGAGUUGGCUUAUAACAGCUCCUCUGCAUGUGCAAGUUCCAGGGGAUACAGAUAGUAAAUGUGCUGAAUGUACUUUCCUCCCAAGAGAGGAAGCACUGGAGCUGCAGAGACUGUGUCCAGGGUGCAGCGCAGCCUGCAGCGCUCAGGAGGUCUGUCGUGAGGCUGCUCUUGGGAGAAGAUGCUGGACUUCUUAUUUUGGUUUGUAAUUUUUAAAAAACUAACAAAAAACAAAAACAGUUGCUGCUAGACUUGGGGGUGACUACGACAUGGGACAAUCUUUUAGUGAAUUCAUCUACAGAUUCUGUGAGGAGCAAGCAUCUUGGAAAGUGACCAUUGCUAAGUGAAAUCCAAGAGCCAGAAUCAGCAGUGUCCUCCAAAAAAACAAGGGAAGAAGAAAUCUUUUUUUUUUUUUUUUUUUAAGCACUUGUUACGUUCAUUUAUGGACUUGGCACUUCUUAUUGGUUCACAUGUCAAGGUAUCUUUUGCUUUAAACCAAGCAGAUGGUUACAAUACAGUAUUUUCCACUUGUAUCCCAGACAGCCACCUUUAAAAUAAGAAUGGUCUUUGUUCAGCAUUAGAAUGUCUGGUUAAAGGAAAAUCCCAACCCACCUUUCACUAGACCCUUUCCCCCAUUGAUUCACAACCCUUUCUUAUUCUGUGCCUUGAGCUCUGUGCACUUUGCAACUGUGUGAUGGUAUUAUCAAACUUACAAAUGCUUCCUGGAGAAGUUGCUGGCGUUCUGAGCCAACCCACCAAAAUGUCAAGUGUGUGGCAGGAUAUUAAGUGGGGAAGUAGAAAUGUGUUGCACAUUGGUCAGAUCCCCUUCCCCCCGUGGCACCAGGGCAUGCUUAUGUUACUACGAGGACCAGUUCUCACACAACACCUCCAUUCCACCAUCACCUCACCUGAUCUUACCUGUCCCUGGAGUGGGGUGGUGGGUGACAUUGCAGCAUUAACAUCUCUUUUUCUACUGUAGGGAAGUGUGCAGUGGUAGGAGCAGCUUCCUCUGACACCCUAGGGAGCAUUGUAGUUACUAAAACCAAAUAGACUACAUGGUGUGGACUUCCUGAUUCAUUUCAUUUCAGUGGAAGAGAUGAGUACUUUAAAAAGUGAUCUGCAUUCUGCAUCUCCUUAACAACAUAUUUGAGGUUUCAAUGGAAUAGGGAAGAAGUCACACUACUGCUUUAAGGAUGGCUUCUAGCCGUGAGAAAGCUACAUUUUCUGUGUCACCACACCUACAGUGCUAAUUAAUUCUCCAUAAGAGCCUCUAAAGCUUAUUCUAGUUGUUUUUGAAAUGCAAAGAAAAAUUGCAAGAUACAGCAAGAAAAAAACAUUUUUCUUCUGUUUUGUUUGAAUGUAAAUUGAGCAUAGGCUUCAAUCCAUUGGGUUAAUGAUAGUUACCUCUUCAGAGAACAGAAGAGAUACCAGGGAUGUCACCACACUGCUGAUUUGUAGGUUUUUCAUAGAGUUGUUUACCAAUUCAGUGUGUCCUUUUAGGGGAGUGUGAUGGACACAGGCUUUAGAAGUGGGAUAUCUAUGUCAUCUGAUAGAAAUCCUUGAUUUGUAAAAAGUAAAGGUGAGAUACGGUUCUAAGUAUUCAUCAGCCAGUUGCUGCAUUUUGGGGAGGGCUUUAGUUGGACUCAUUCAUCCUGAGCAUUAUGGACUGUAUUCAUGAACACUGAAUCACUCUAAGAACAUAUACAGGCUCUGUGACCUACUAUACUAGUCAUAUUCUAGUAUCAAGAAAGAAUUCCAUUUUAUCACGAAGCCUAAAUUUUACUUUGCUCAAUGGAAUGUUUGCUGUGGGCUUAUAAGUAGUACCUGGGACGAAGUGUCUCCUGAGUGGCUUUGAUGAUAUAUCUGAAAGGAAUAAAAUUGGAACAUUUCUUUAAACAUGGAUGAAUUCUUCAGUAUCCUAAUAACAUACUCAAGUCCUUUUUCUGGGAGAGAACAUUCUUUUUUGGCAAAUAACAGAAGACUUUUCCCUAUAAAAAAGCAUUGUACUGUGAUGUAAGUUGGCAUUAAAAUCUUUGGAUGCCUUUGCAUUAUUAACUUAAUGGAGAAAUAUUUUAUAUUCUUUUUAUUAUUGUGUAUGUUAACAAAAAAAAGUUAGGAAAAGGAAAGCUUUUUGUGAAAAUUUAGUUUCUCAUAAAUUUUUGCAUAUUGACUAUGACCAGCUUAUGGGUCAGGGUUGGUACCCCAAAGCUGUUAUUAGAAGGUAUCCUGAAGAGUGUACCCCUUCACCUAGUGCAUAUGACCUGGCUGUUAUGAAUCUCAUAGCCCCUUAAGGUAUACUGCAGUGUGAAAGCUAUUCCUUUAAGUAAAGAUUGAGAUGACUUAUUACUUGAAAUUCUUCACAGAAUUCUUAGCUUAUAACAUGAAAUAAAAUUUUGUGCCCAUUUCAUUUUUUAUUGGCUGAAUACUAUUGUUUGCCAGAAAGUAUUUUCCUCCCAUUUAUUUGUAUUCUUGCCAGGACAGUACACGGUUUUUCCACCCCAGCUAAAUACUGGCUUUUGUAUGAAAUCACUGAAGAUCCAAAUCAUUGGAGUAUUUUAUCUGCCAGUUGGUUAGUCAAUACAUGCAAGUGAUAUGGCUAGACUGGCUAGUACAUAUGCACAGCUGAACACUAGACACUUAGAGAGCCAGGAGCCAGGUCAGUCAUCUUCAAAUAAUGCAUGUCAAAUAAAUAGAUAAUAUUGUUUUAGGAGACGGUACGUAUUUUAAAGAUUGGCCUUAAGCUUAUGUAACAAGAGAAUUCAUGAUCUCUGUUAUCACAGCUACACCCUAACCCGGCAGGAAUUACUACUACUUUGUGUUGGGGUGGGGGGAAGGGGUACCAAAAGGCAAAGCCUGGUGUUGUAAUUCUUGACUGAAUAGUUCUGAGGCAGGACUAGUAAGAAGAAGCACUUGGGUCUGUUUUGCAUUGCUAAACUCUGCAGAAAAGUGUUUUUCCUGCCUCUUCUACAAGUCCCUCUUAUUAAAAUGCAGGUAGUUAGUGAGCAGGUGAGAUCAGAUGCCCGUGACCAUGACACGGGUUUCCCUGCUCCAGCCUGUCUGGCUGUCACUUCCCUUGCUGUUUGCUGUGCUUUCUGUUGGGUUGCACAUUUGCACACAUAAAACAUUCCUCAGGAAGAGUUUGCACGUGCUUCACCUUGCAAUAUUCUGUACAGACCAAAUGAGUUGGAAGGUUUUUAGCACAAAAGGGUAACUUCAGAGUAGUCUGUACACCUAGCAAAGGUAACAGUGAUGUAGCAAACAGAAUUGGUUUCUGCAGUUAUAUAGUGAGCAGGAGCAUUUGUAUCAUAGUAUUGAAAUAAUCCUGUUGCAUCUCCCUGUAAUCAGAGUAAAUAACUCUUCCAGAAUUUGUCUUAUUGAGGCUGCCCAUAUUUUACUGAUUGUUCUCUUAUCUUAACUUCAGAUAAUUAUUUCCAUGAUUGCAGAAGAAAGAUGUUGCCAUUUAGGUAAAAUUCCCUUGCUUAAUAAGCAGCUAUUAUUAAACUAACAGAAUUGUUUUAUGAGUAUACACUAAUCUGAGAUAUGAAAGCAAACUGAAAAGCAACAGAAAAAUUCUGCAUUAGCUAUUUCACCACUGUUAGGAUGUUUCAAUUUGAUUUUUUUUUUUUAAAUGGGGCAUUACUGAUGUUUUAGCUUGGAAUACUAUGUUUACUUUAAUACAGGUAUAGAUGUCUUUAUGAGAUGUUAAAAUCCAAGGUCAGAAUGUGAACUCUUUGACUGAUACCUAUAACAGAAUUAUAGAACCUUUUUAGUUGUGAUUAUUGUUUUCAGUAAGAUUGUAAGGUAUUCAUUGUACCAGAAGUUAAAGUGAAGCUUCUAAGAAGAGUUCACAGAGAAAUGGCUGUCCUGUUGCCAUUAUUGCCCUAAGAAAAUUUGCCUCACAUUUGGCUGCCAAGGUUUGUGAAAGGAGUGCUUUCCCAGGGAAACAGUUCUUUUGUUUCCCCCAUUGAUCAAAGUCACUGUUGCCCCCUCCACUGUCUGAGACCCUGUUGUGAACCUCUUUCCAGAGCUGAGGGGCAUAAAUCCACAUACUGUUUCAGCUUAUGUUGACAGAGUGGCUGUGAGAGAAUUGAAGAUAUGAUGGAGAUCAAUUCUUACAGGACCCUGGUAUAUAUAUUGCACCCCCGCUGGUUGGAAAUGUCUUCAUUUCAGGUUGGACUGCAUUGAUUAGAAAACAUUUACGGAUUAUAAUUCUGGGAAAUUUAUAGGGUGGCUUGGGGUUAAUUCUGUGGUUUGGAAAAAAAUAAAUAUUUUGUAUUAAUUCUCA